UAACUAUAUGCUGGCAAUCAAACUGGGACAACUUCCUAUCAGCUGAGCUCCUUUGCCUAAAGUAGGGCUGGUUCUGAAUUUGUCCUUGCAAGAUGGCUUAUCACAGGCAUGCAGGGCCCACCGCCUACACUGUGGGCACCAUGUCGGAGCGCUUUGACUGCCACUACUGCCGUGACCCGCUGCAUGGGAAGAAGUAUGUGCAGAAGGACGGACGCCACUGCUGCAUCAAGUGCUUUGAGAAGUUCUGUGCCAACACCUGUGCAGAGUGCCGGAAGCCAAUUGGGGCCGAUUCCAAGGAGCUGCAUUUCAAAAACCGCUACUGGCAUGACAACUGUUUCCGCUGCUUUAAGUGUUCCACCUCUCUGGUGAAUGAGCCUUUCAUGCUGAAGGAGAACAACAAAGUCUGGUGCAACAAGUGCACCGCCUCUGAGAAUGCGACCCACUGCAAGGGUUGCCAGAAGCCCAUCAUUGCAGGUGAUCAGAAUGUGGAGUACAAGAAGACUGUCUGGCAUAAGGAAUGCUUCAUCUGCUUCGAGUGCAAGAAGGUGAUUGGCACUGCCAGCUUCUUCCCCAAAGACAACGAGAUCUACUGCACCUCCUGCCACGAGCAGAAAUUUGCCAAGGCCUGCGUGAAGUGCAAGAAUGCCAUCACUUCUGGAGGAGUCUCCUACCAGGAUCAGCCUUACCAUGCCGAAUGCUUUGUGUGUGCCACCUGCACGAAGAAGCUGGGUGGGCAGCGCUUCACGGCUGUGGAGGAUCAGUUCUACUGUGUGGAUUGCUACAAGUCCUUCGUUGCCAAGAAAUGCAACAAGUGCAAGAACCCCAUCACAGGCUUUGGAAGAGGUGCCAGCGUAGUCACCCACGAAGGCCACUCCUGGCACGACUACUGUUUCAGCUGCAAGAAGUGCUCUGUCCCUCUGGCUAAUAAGCCUUUCGUCUUUCACAGUGAGCAAGUCUACUGCCCCAGUUGUGCCAAGAAGCUGUAAGGGAGGAGAGAGCAAGCAGGCACUGCCUCACUACGGAGUGGAGUGUGAUCCUUGCACUUGGAUACAGUCUGCUCACAAGCUGCCUGCAUGUUAGGUGCCCACUCCCCACUUGCUUUCUUGAAAAGUGCAAGGCACUCUCUCCUGUCUCUCUCUCUCUUACCCCCCCCACCACCUUUGCAGGUGAUGUUAAAUAAAAGCUCCGCAGUAACAUCUUAGCUGCAGCUAAUUUUGCUUUCUUGCCAUCCUUAAAAUGCCAAUUGAAGUUUAGGGCAAAGCUUUGCACAUCCAAAUAUACUUACUGAUAGCUGAGCAUAUAACAGGCAAGACACAGCUGAUUAGGUUACUAACUAGUGAGUGACCAGUAAAAUGAGGGUGAAUUCAUAUGGCUGCUUUUAAAGAGAGCUUUUUGCUCUCCUUUCAUGGUGCAGUUCCGAUGAAAAAAGCCCCAGGAAUGAGUUGGAUGCUGUUUGAAAAGUAUUGCUAAUCAGGGACAUCAGGUUUUUAAUGCAAUUUUUAAAAAGUCUAACUUGUGUGUGUGUGUGUGUGUGUGUCUAGUACCCACCAAACCAUAAAACACUUCUUUUCAGAGAAGUGCAUGAUUGUUUAUGUGCCUUAUUUUGAAACAUUCCUGUUCCACAGACUAGACUGCACCAUGUCUAUGGAACAGAUUUUCUACUUCUAGAAACUCCUAGUGCACAUAGAACAAUGAUCCCCAGAGCUCCCUAAAUACGCUGUUCUUUCCAGCUUUUAUAGACAGUGAGGGCCCUCCAUACACCCCUCAUUUCAAGAGGCUUCUCUCUCACACUUUUUGAGAAGUUUCACGCUGGUUUGAAAAGACCAGGCUUUGUGUACAUCUGCAGAUGCUCCUUAUCACACCUGUCCUCAGGACAUGGUAGGCAAAGCCUGAAGAUUAGAUUUGCGAGAUGCAAGACAGGCAAGGCUAGCUUAACAGUACAACUACUCCUGGGCUGGGCUUUCCAAAAAUCUGCCUGGGGUUCAUACUGUAACAGGGGACAAAAAAAGUGGCCAUUUGACUCCACCCUACAAUCGGAGGUGUCAGAUUAAGUUAUGGUGCUUCAUUUAAGCAUGCAUUCAUAAUAAUCCAUAUAGAGAUAAUAGCAGCAUUAAACUUUUGUUAAUCUUCUGUUAAAAAAAAAGUUAGGGUCGUGCAAUGUACAGUAGUAGUACCUGGCUUCUUUUAAUCAAGCAUUUAACCUUCAGGAAUGGCCACUGCUGACUUUAGAAUGAAACACGCUUAGGAACCUUGUAACUUUGCUGGAUUGUAAAAGCAGUUUGCCCAACUACUAGCUUUUAUACCUCAUAACUGAAAGAUGCCUUUUAUGUAGAUUUUUGUCAUCUAUUUUCUGUGCACAGGAUGUCUGCCUGUGAAAACUGAUGGAAAGACAGAUUCCGUGUAUGCAGGUUGAAUUAUGGGGGGGUGACAUGUUGCAACUCUUGUGGUAGACACCAAGGUGUUUCCUCUAAUAAAUAGGAGAUUACUGCUU